GAAGGGCAUCUGCAAACAAAAAUGAUCAAUGCUGGCUUGCGCUAUGGAUAUGAAUAUCUUGGCAAUACCCCAAGAUUGGUUAUUACCCCUCUUACUGAUAGAUGCUACAGAACACUCUUUGGUGCACUCCACCUUCAUCUUGGCGGGGCCCCAGAAGGUCCCGCUGGAACGGGGAAAACGGAAACGACAAAGGACUUAGCAAAGGCGGUCGCCAAGCAGUGUGUGGUUUUCAAUUGUUCUGACGGACUGGAUUAUCUCGCACUGGGAAAGUUCUUUAAGGGUUUGCUGUCUUGUGGAGCUUGGGCCUGCUUUGAUGAAUUUAAUAGAAUUGACUUGGAAGUACUUUCUGUUGUUGCUCAGCAAAUUCUUACUAUCCAGAGAGGUAUCAAUGCUGGCUCCGAUAUACUCAUAUUUGAAGGGACUGAGCUUAAACUUAACCCAACAUGCGCUGUCUUUAUAACUAUGAAUCCUGGCUAUGCAGGACGCUCAGAGCUUCCUGACAAUCUGAAGGCCCUGUUUCGGACGGUGGCUAUGAUGGUCCCCGAUUAUGCCAUGAUUGCAGAAAUUGUCCUGUACUCCUGUGGAUUUGUUACUGCCCGACCUCUGUCUGUGAAAAUUGUGGCUACCUAUCGCCUGUGUUCAGAGCAGCUGUCUUCCCAGCACCACUAUGAUUAUGGGAUGAGAGCUGUGAAGUCAGUGCUCACUGCAGCUGGGAAUCUGAAGCUGAAAUAUCCAGAAGAAAAUGAAGAAAUCUUGCUACUUAGAUCCAUCAUAGAUGUAAAUUUACCUAAGUUUUUAUCUCAUGACCUACCACUUUUUGAGGGCAUUACUUCGGAUUUGUUUCCUGGGGUGAAGCUGCCGAAGCCAGAUUACAACGACAUCCUAGAAGCCAUCAAGAUAAACUGCGAUGAAAUGAAUUUACAAAUGACUAAAUUCUUUUCAGAGAAAAUCUUACAGAUAUUCGAAAUGAUGAUUGUGCGUCAUGGCUUUAUGAUAGUUGGAGAGCCUUUUGGAGGAAAAACGUCUGCCUAUCGAGUUUUGGCCGCUGCGCUGGGUGACCUGUGUGAAAAAGGGCUGAUGGAGGAAAACAAGGUGCAGAUCACAGUCAUCAACCCCAAAGCUAUAACUAUGGGUCAGCUUUAUGGACAAUUUGAUCCUGUCUCCCAUGAGUGGUCUGAUGGCAUCCUGGCUGUGAGCUUUAGGGCAUUUGCUUCUUCAGCUACGCCUGAUCGGAAGUGGCUGAUUUUUGAUGGCCCAGUGGAUGCAGUGUGGAUUGAGAAUAUGAAUACUGUGCUGGACGAUAACAAGAAACUUUGCUUGAUGAGUGGUGAGAUCAUCCAGAUGUCACCACAAAUGAGCCUGAUUUUCGAACCAAUGGACUUGGAAGUUGCUUCUCCUGCUACUGUCUCUAGAUGUGGCAUGGUUUACAUGGAACCUCAUAUGUUAGGCUGGAGACCCCUGAUGGUGUCUUGGUUAAAUCUUAUGCCACCCACUGUCACCACCAUGCAUAAAGAAUUUAUAACAAGCUUGUUUGACAGAAUAAUCCCACUUUCUGUUGAGUUUGUUAGAAAAUGUACAAAGGAACUGUCUCCUACGACUGACACAAACUUGGUUCGGUCUUUAAUGAAUCUCAUGGACUGUAUGAUGGACGAGUUUCACAAUGAAGGAAAACUUAAAACUGUGACCGACCGUGAAAUAUUUUCUUGGCUUGAGAGCACAUUUGUGUUUGCGCUCACCUGGUCUGUUGGAGCCAGCUGUAUAGAGGCUGACCGACUGAAAUUCGACAAGAUUGUCCGAGAACUGCUUGAGGGGCCCAUGAGCGAUGAGACAAGAGAAAAAUAUAAAUUAUUGAGUGGUCAUGAGCACUUACGUGCAAAAAUCCUGACUGUCCCAUAUCCAGAAGAUGGAACAAUUUAUGACUACCGGUUUGUCAAAGAUGGUGCAGGAAGGUGGGAGCCGUGGGUGGAAGCACUUCAGACGGCGCCACCCAUCCCAAAAGAUAUGUCAUUCAACGAAAUAAUUGUGCCCACUCUUGAUACCAUUCGAUACUUCUCCUUAAUGGAUUUGCUGACCACGCAUCAAAAACCUUCCAUAUUUGUUGGGCCAACAGGAACUGGCAAGAGCGUAUAUAUUAUAGAUUUUCUCUUACACCGCUUAAAUAGGGAAAUCUACAAACCGUUGCUCAUUAACUUCUCAGCGCAGACCACAGCAGCUCAGACGCAGAACAUCAUUAUGUCAAAGCUUGAUAAAAGGAGAAAAGGCGUCUUCGGUCCCCCUUUAGGGAAGAAAAUGGUUGUAUUUGUGGAUGAUGUCAAUAUGCCAGCGAGAGAGGUCUAUGGUGCUCAGCCUCCAGUUGAGCUGCUUCGCCAGUGGUUAGACCAUUGGAACUGGUAUGACCUGAAAGACUGCUCUAUGAUUAAACUUGUGGAUAUUCAAAUCAUGUGUGCCAUGGGGCCACCAGGUGGAGGCCGAAACCCAAUCACACCCCGAUAUCUACGACACUUCAAUACAAUCACUAUUAAUGAAUUUGACGAUGCUUCAAUGUAUACAAUUUUCUCAAGAAUCUUAGACUGGCAUCUUUCUAUAUGUUCACUAGUGCUUAGGGUAUAUUAUGACCGCUUGGUGGAUCAGGCAGAUCGAUCUUGGCUUAUUGGAUGCAUACAACAAGUGGUGAAAAACCACUUCGAAGAAGAGUUUGAUGAACUGUUCCAGAGGCUGGACUUCAAUUAUGAUGGCAAGGUGGAGGAGGACGAUUUGCGAAGUCUGAUGUUCUGUGAUUUUCAUGAUCCGAAAAGGGAGGACACAAACUACAGGGAAGUCAUGGAUGUCGACCAUUUGAGAGUUGUUGUAGAGAGCCAUCUGGAGGAAUACAACAAUAUGAGCAAGAAACCCAUGCAGUUGGUGUUGUUCCGAUUUGCCAUAGAACAUGUUUGUAGAAUUUCGCGGAUUCUGAAGCAGCCUCGUAGCCACGCCCUCCUGGUGGGGGUUGGAGGCAGCGGCCGACAGUCCCUCACCCGUUUAGCUGCACACAUGGCAGAUUAUACACCCUUUCAAGUUGAAAUUUCAAAGAGUUAUGGGACUAAUGAGUGGCACGAAGAUCUAAAAGUCAUCCUGAGGAGAUCUACUGAAGGUGAAAUGCAAGGAGUUUUCUUAUUCACUGAUACUCAGAUAAAAAGGGAGUCGUUUUUAGAAGAUAUCAACAACUUGUUAAACGCUGGAGAAGUACCAAACCUUUUUGCGGUCGAUGAAAAGCAAGAGAUUUGUGAAAAGAUGCGGCAAAUUGAUCGCCAGCGGGAUAGAACCAAGCAAACAGAUGGUAGUCCCAUUGCUCUUUUCAACAUGUUCAUUGAUCGCUGCCGAGAUCAGCUCCAUAUAGUGUUGGCCAUGAGUCCCAUUGGAGAUGCUUUUCGUAAUCGUCUUCGGAGGUUUCCUGCUCUUGUUAAUUGCUGUACUAUUGACUGGUUUCAGUCAUGGCCUUCAGACGCAUUACAAGCUGUGGCCACUCGCUCCUUGGAAGAUAUUGAAAUGUCCGAGGAAACACGGCAUGGGUGCAUUGAUCUGUGUCAAAAAUUUCAUAUGACCACCAUUAGCUUGUCUGAACAGUUCUAUAAUGAGCUCCAAAGGCACAACUAUGUAACACCUACUUCAUACCUAGAGCUGAUUUCCACAUUCAAAUCCCUUCUGGAAAAGAACAGAACUCAGGUGAUGAAAAUGAAAAAAAGAUACGAAGUUGGCUUGGAGAAGCUGGAUUCGGCUGCAGCACAGGUGGCCACAAUGCAGGUGGAGCUGGAAGCCUUGCAGCCCCAGCUGAGGGUGGCCAGCAAGCAAGUGGACGAGAUGAUGCUCGUGAUUGAGAAAGAGUCCUUAGAAGUGGCGAAAACAGAGAAAAUAGUGAAAGCGGACGAAGCUGUGGCCAAUGAGCAAGCAAUGGCUGCUAAAGCCAUCAAAGAUGAAUGCGAUGCUGAUCUGGCGGAAGCCUUGCCAAUCCUGGAAAGUGCGCUGGCUGCUCUUGACACCCUGACGGCACAGGAUAUCACUGUUGUGAAGUCUAUGAAAAGUCCUCCUGCUGGAGUGAAGCUUGUUAUGGAGACCAUUUGUAUCUUGAAAGGCAUCAAGGCAGAUAAAAUUCCAGAUCCAACAGGCACAGGAAAAAAGAUCGAAGAUUUCUGGGGUCCGGCUAAGAAACUCCUAGGGGACAUGAGGUUUCUGCAGUCCCUUCAUGAGUAUGACAAGGACAACAUCCCCCCAGCUUACAUGAGCAUCAUCAGAAAGCAGUACAUCACUAAUCCUGAGUUUGUUCCUGAGAAGAUCCGGAAUGCUUCUACGGCUGCAGAAGGAUUGUGCAAAUGGGUCAUUGCCAUGGAUUCUUAUGAUAGAGUGGCAAAAGUUGUUGCCCCUAAGAAGAUAAAGUUAAAUGCAGCUGAAGCAGAAGGGGACGUGGUGGCGCUAGUGGCAAAAGUUGUUGCCCCUAAGAAGAUAAAGUUAAAUGCAGCUGAAGCAGAACUGAAAGUUGCUAUGGAUGGUCUGAGAAAGAAACAAGCAGCCUUAAAGGAAGUUCAGGACAAGCUAGCUAAAUUGCAACAGACGCUAGAACAAAAGAAGCAGGAAAAAGCAGACCUAGAGAACCAGGUUGAUCUGUGCAGCAAAAAGUUGGACCGAGCAGAGAAAUUACUCGGUGGCCUUGGAGGCGAGAAAACCCGCUGGAGCCAGACGGCAUUGGAGCUCGGGAAGCAGUAUGUCAACCUGACAGGCGAUAUCCUCAUUUCGUCAGGCAUUGUAGCUUAUUUGGGAGCUUUUACAUCCAGCUACCGCCAGAAUCAAGCACGGGACUGGAUCUUGACACUGAAAGCAAGAGGCAUCCCCUGCUCGGAUGAUUUUUCUCUGACUACUACUUUAGGAGAACCAGUGAAAAUCAGAGCCUGGAACAUUUCUGGUUUACCUUCUGAUUCAUUUUCCAUUGAUAAUGGCAUCAUUAUCUCCAAUGCAAGAAGAUGGCCUCUGAUGAUAGAUCCUCAAGGUCAAGCAAACAAAUGGGUGAAGCACAUGGAAAAGGCAAACAGCUUGCAUGUCAUCAAACUCAGUGAUUCUGAAUUUGUGCGAACGCUGGAGAAUUGUGUCCAGUUUGGUACACCUGUGCUCUUGGAAAAUGUUGGCGAAGAGCUGGACCCUAUUCUUGAGCCGCUUCUGCUGAAGCAAACAUUCAAGCAGGCUGGCAGUAUCUGCAUCCGCCUGGGAGAUUCCACCAUUGAAUAUGCCCCAGACUUCCGCUUUUAUAUUACGACCAAGCUGAGAAACCCACACUACCUGCCAGAAACAUCUGUCAAAGUGACAUUAUUGAACUUCAUGAUAACACCCGAGGGGAUGCAAGAUCAGCUUCUUGGAAUAGUUGUCGCACGAGAGAGACCAGACCUUGAAGAAGAAAAGCAAGCGCUGAUUUUGCAAGGGGCUGAAAACAAAAGACAGCUAAAAGAAAUAGAGGACAAAAUUUUAGAAGUGCUUUCAUCUUCCGAAGGAAACAUUUUAGAGGAUGAGACAGCCAUCAAGAUAUUGUCUUCAUCUAAGGCAUUGGCUAAUGAAAUUUCAGAAAAGCAGGCUGUUGCAGAAGAAACAGAAAAGAAGAUAGAUGCCACUCGAAUGGGCUACCGCCCCAUUGCUGUCCAUUCCUCGAUUCUGUUCUUUUCCAUUGCGGAUCUGGCCAAUAUUGAACCCAUGUACCAGUAUUCCCUCACAUGGUUCAUCAACCUUUUUAUCAUGUCCAUAGAUAACUCUGAGAAGUCCGAGGUACUACAGGACAGACUGAGGAUUCUCAAAGAUCACUUUACCUACUCUCUCUAUGUGAAUAUCUGCCGCUCCCUCUUUGAAAAAGACAAGCUGCUCUUUUCCUUCUGCCUGAACGUAAACCUUCUGAAGCAUGAUAAAUUGAUCGAUGAAGCCGAGUGGAAGUUUCUGCUCACGGGAGGCAUAGGCCUGGACAAUCCUUACUCUAAUCCCUGCCCCUGGCUUCCCCCAAAAUCGUGGGAUGAAAUCUGUCGCUUGGACGAUUUGCAUGCCUUCAAAGGUAUUCGGAAGGGAUUUAUCAACUUGAAAGAAGGAUGGAAAUCCGUCUAUGAUAGUUUGGAGCCUCACCACGAGCCGUUUCCUGAUGUGUGGCAAGAGAAAGUGGGGGAAUUCCAAAGGAUGCUCAUCAUUCGUUGUCUAAGGCCUGACAAAAUUAUUCCGAUGGUACAGGAGUUUAUAAUUGGCAACUUGGGGCGUAUGUUUAUCGAACCACCUCCUUUUGACUUAUCGAAAGCCUUUGGUGAUAGUCACUGCUGUGCGCCACUGAUUUUUGUGUUGUCUCCUGGUGCUGAUCCGAUGGCGGCUCUUCUCAAGUUUGCUGAUGACCAGGGCUUUGGUGCGAUGAAGCUGAGUUCCUUGUCGCUGGGCCAAGGUCAAGGCCCCAUUGCCAUGCGCAUGAUUGAGAAGGCCGUGAAAGAUGGCAGUUGGGUAGUUCUGCAGAACUGUCACCUAGCAACCUCCUGGAUGCCGAUGCUGGAAAAAGUCUGUGAGGAACUAAAUCCAGACACAACGCAUCCCGAUUUCCGCUUGUGGCUCACAAGCUACCCAUCCCCCAAUUUCCCAGUUUCGGUGCUCCAGAAUGGUGUGAAGAUGACCAACGAGGCCCCCAAAGGCUUACGGGCAAAUGUGAUCCGUUCGUAUCUGAUGGACCCCAUCUCCGACCCUGACUUUUUUAACAGCUGCAAGAAGCCUGCUGAAUUCAAGAAGCUGCUGUACGGCCUCUGCUUCUUUCAUGCAUUAGUACAAGAGAGGCGGAAAUUUGGGCCGCUGGGUUGGAAUAUUCCCUACGAAUUCAAUGAGACUGACCUGCGGAUCAGCGUGCAGCAGCUGAAUAUGUUCCUGAACCAAUAUGAGGAGCUGCCAUUCGAUGCAAUCCGCUACAUGACGGGUGAAUGUAAUUAUGGAGGCCGAGUCACUGACGACUGGGACCGGCGCACUCUGCGUAGCAUUUUGAACAAGUUCUAUAAUCCCAUCAUCAUUACAGACCCUGAGUACAAAUUUGAUGCAAGCGGCCUUUAUUACGCCCCUCCUGAAGGAGAGUAUCAAAGCUACAUUGAAUACACAAAAACACUUCCUUUAAAUCCUGCCCCGGAGAUCUUUGGGAUGAACGCCAAUGCUGAUAUCACCAAGGAUCAAUCUGAAACGCAGUUGCUGUUUGAUAAUAUUCUUCUUACACAGUCCCGUGCUUCAGGGGCUGGUGCCAAAUCGUCAGAUGAAGUUGUCCGCGAGGUGGCGAGCGACAUCCAGAGCAAGCUUCCCAAGGACUUCCACAUUGAAGCUGCCAUGAGGAGGUACCCCACGACCUACACCCAGAGCAUGAACACCGUGCUCGUCCAGGAGAUGGGGCGAUUUAACAAACUCCUGCAAACCAUUCGAGACUCCUGUAUCAACAUUCAGAAAGCAAUCAAGGGGCUCGUUGUGAUGUCUGCAGAACUGGAAGAGGUGGUGAACAGCAUUUUGAAGGGCAAAAUCCCAGGCAUGUGGAUGAGUAAGUCUUAUCCCAGCCUCAAACCUCUCGGCAGCUACGUGAAUGAUUUCCUUACAAGGCUGAAGUUCUUACAGACAUGGUAUGAGAACGGCACCCCACCUACAUUCUGGCUUUCAGGUUUUUUUUUCACGCAAGCCUUCUUAACUGGUGCCCAGCAAAACUUUGCCAGGAAGUACACCAUUCCAAUAGAUCUGCUAGGAUUUGACUAUGAAGUUCUGGAAGACAAGGAAUACAAGCACGCUCCCGAAGAUGGAGUCUUCAUUCAUGGAUUGUUCCUGGAUGGAGCUCGUUGGAACAGGAAGACGAAGAAACUAGGAGAAUCCUACCCCAAAAUCCUUUAUGAUAAUAUGCCAGUGAUGUGGCUGAAGCCUUGCAGAAAAUCGGACAUUCCUGAGAGACCUAGUUACUUGGCUCCAGUGUACAAGACCAGUGAGCGACGAGGCACUCUCUCCACCACAGGCCACUCCACUAAUUUUGUGAUUGCCAUGAUUCUUCCAUCAGAUAAGCCAGAAGAGCACUGGAUUGGACGAGGGGUGGCCCUUCUCUGUCAGCUUAACUCGUAACUCCAGGAAUGACGUGGCAACCUCAGACCUCAAAUCCUAUCCGUGUCAUGGGUCCCAUUUUCAAAUGCUAGUUUCUUAAGAAAUUCAAAUUCUGGGAGCUUUCAAAUACAUACAGUUUGUAUGUUAUGAAUCUGUAAAUAAAUUAGGUAAAUUAAAGUGGGGGAGGGGGAAACUUUGUUAAAAUCCCUGGAAAAAACAGUCAGCAUGUUCAUUUUUCCCCAUAAUUUUAUUUUCUUGCGUUCCUCAUGAAUAAGGAACAUACAUAAACACAUCACUGUUGACAAUGAACAAAAAAACGCAUUAUCAUUUCCAGCUUUUUUCUUUUAAAAAUGGAUCCUGUUAUAAACAAA